UUGAUGUAUGGCAAAAUGACUCAAAUGAGAGGUUAGGGUUGACUGUAGUAAUUCUCCAACCAUUUAUGAAACCCGCAUAAAGACUUUCCUCAGAAAAUAUGAAUCUAAUGACCAGUGGAAAAGAACCAACUUCAGAGGAAGUGUGAGCGUAACGCAUUUCAUCAUUUUCGAAGAUGAUGAUGAUACAUUUGAUAGUGUGGGUGUUUACCCUUAGUGUAGUAGUUGCUGAAGACAAGCCUUUGUUAAUCACAGCAGACUGCAGAGAUCACAUCAUUUUGCCUUGUGCUGCCUUUAAAAACAGUCAAAGCUACACCUCUGUUACUUGGUACAAGAUCUACAAUAAAACCUGUUCGUCAAUCCUCAUUCAGGAAAAAAGUGUUGGCACACGAACUAAGUACAACAAUUCUGUGUCACUGGGUAAAAAUGCAUCUUUGAUCUUAAGGAAAGUUGCACCUGCAAAUGCUGGGACCUAUAAGUGUUUCUUAAGAGCGAAGGUCGGAGGGAUAAACAACCACUCUUUGCUUACACUGAAUAUCUCAGGUAUUAAUUGUUUUGACUCUGUGAUUGUCUCCCUAGAUUGUAUGUCAGCAGUUUCACCCACCUUUGAUUUCUUCACCAAGUUUAUUAAUGGGUCAUCGGAGAACAUUAGCAUGACUUAUGUGAGUAUGGAUGCAGGGCUAUCAACCCUUUGGGCCUCUGUAGGACUGGCUUUGAGUAAAGUUCUCCUCAGUGCUGUGUGUAUAUGGGUCUUUAAGGAGCUCAGAGAACUUAGGAAAAGAAGACAGACAUAAGACAUCUUAAUGUCUAUCAUCACCAUUGUUUGCAGUAUUUAUUCAUCACAGCAUUCAUAUGGACAUUCCUUACAGGCAGAGGAAAUUCUGCAAAACUUAUUAUAAAAGAAUAUUGUUUGGUUGAGUAAUUUAUUUUGUGAAUAUAUUGAUCUGUGAAUUUGUGAAUAAUAUGUAUUUUUACUGUAAUUAGGAAACUUAUGCUUUAUAUCCUUUAAGAGUAAAUUGGAUCCUAAUACACUGUAAAAUGAUCAACUCUUCAUUCCAGAUUCUUGUACCUACUUGCAGUAUUUAAAUACAUUAUUUUACAUGCUAUAUUUCCAUAAUGUGAGAUGGCCAGGAAGAUACAUUUUAUUAAUAAAAGU